AUACAUGAUCCUGGCCACCAUCAUCGCCAACUGCAUUGUGUUGGCCCUCGAGCAGCACCUUCCGGAUGGGGACAAGACACCCAUGUCCGAGCGGCUGGACGACACUGAGCCCUACUUCAUCGGCAUCUUCUGCUUCGAGGCGGGCAUCAAGAUCGUUGCCCUGGGCUUCGUCUUCCACAAGGGCUCCUACCUGCGCAACGGCUGGAACGUCAUGGACUUCGUGGUGGUGCUCACGGGGAUCUUGGCCACGGCGGGCACCGACUUCGACCUGCGGACGCUGCGGGCUGUGCGUGUGCUGAGGCCCCUGAAGCUGGUGUCUGGGAUUCCGAGCCUGCAGGUGGUGCUCAAGUCCAUCAUGAAGGCCAUGGUCCCGCUGCUGCAGAUCGGGCUGCUUCUCUUCUUCGCCAUCCUCAUGUUUGCCAUCAUUGGCCUCGAGUUCUACAUGGGCAAGUUCCACAAGGCCUGUUUCCCCAACAGCACAGAUGCAGAGCCGGUGGGAGACUUCCCCUGUGGCAGGGAAGCCCCUGCCCGGGUGUGUGAGGGGGACACGGAGUGCCGCGAGUACUGGGCAGGGCCCAAUUUCGGCAUCACCAACUUCGACAACAUUCUGUUUGCUGUGCUGACCGUGUUCCAGUGCAUCACCAUGGAGGGCUGGACCGACAUUCUCUACCAUACCAAUGACGCGGCUGGCAACACCUGGAACUGGCUCUACUUCAUCCCCCUCAUCAUCAUCGGCUCCUUCUUCAUGCUCAACUUGGUUCUGGGUGUGCUCUCGGGGGAGUUUGCCAAGGAGCGGGAGCGUGUGGAGAACCGUCGUGCCUUCCUAAAGCUCCGCCGGCAGCAGCAAAUUGAGCGGGAGCUCAAUGGGUACCUGGAGUGGAUUUUCAAGGCCGAGGAGGUCAUGCUGGCCGAGGAGGACAAGAACGCAGAGGAGAAGUCCCCUUUGGAUGCAGUGCUGAAGCGGGCAGCCACCAAGAAGAGCCGCAACGACCUGAUCCAUGCAGAGGAGGGUGAGGACCGCUUCACAGACCUGGGUGCCAUUGGCUCCCCCUUUGCUCGUGCCAGCCUCAAGAGCGGGAAGAACGACAGCUCUUCGUAUUUCCGACGGAAGGAGAAGAUGUUCCGCUUCUUCAUCCGCCGCAUGGUGAAGGCGCAGAGCUUCUACUGGGCGGUGCUAUGUGUGGUGGCGCUCAACACCCUCUGCGUGGCCAUGGUGCACUACAACCAGCCACAGCAGCUCACAACUGCGCUGUACUUUGCAGAGUUUGUUUUCCUGGGUCUCUUCCUCACAGAGAUGUCUUUGAAGAUGUACGGCCUGGGGCCCAGAAGCUACUUCCGGUCUUCUUUCAACUGCUUCGACUUUGGGGUCAUUGUGGGGAGCAUUUUCGAAGUGGUCUGGGCAGCCAUCAAGCCGGGGACCUCCUUUGGGAUCAGCGUGCUGCGGGCGCUCCGGCUGCUGCGCAUUUUCAAGGUCACCAAGUACUGGAGCUCCCUGCGGAACCUGGUGGUGUCGCUGCUCAACUCCAUGAAGUCCAUCAUCAGCCUCCUCUUCCUGCUCUUCCUCUUCAUCGUGGUCUUUGCUCUGCUGGGGAUGCAGCUAUUUGGGGGCCAGUUCAACUUCCAGGAGGAGACUCCCACCACCAACUUCGACACCUUUCCUGCGGCUAUCCUCACCGUCUUCCAGAUCCUGACCGGAGAGGACUGGAACGCAGUGAUGUAUCACGGGAUCGAGUCGCAGGGCGGCGUCAGCAAGGGCAUGUUCUCGUCCUUUUACUUCAUCGUGCUGACGCUGUUCGGGAACUACACUCUGCUCAAUGUCUUCCUGGCCAUCGCCGUGGACAACCUUGCCAAUGCUCAGGAGCUGACGAAGGAUGAAGAGGAGAUGGAAGAAGCAGCCAAUCAGAAACUUGCUCUGCAAAAGGCCAAAGAAGUGGCUGACGUCAGCCCUAUGUCGGCAGCAAAUAUCUCCAUAGCAGCUUUUGUAAAGCAAACUCGAGGUACUGUAUCUCGCCGCUCGUCCGUCUCCAGCGUAAACUCACCCAGGCAGCAGAACUCAGCCAAGUCUCGGUCUGUUUGGGAGCAGCGGGCCAGCCAACUGCGGCUGCAGAACUUGCGGGCCAGCUGUGAAGCCCUGUACAGCGAAAUGGACCCUGAGGAGCGGCUGCGCUUUGCCACCACGCGCCACCUGCGUCCAGACAUGAAGACCCACCUGGACAGGCCCCUAGUGGUGGAGCCUGGCCGAGAGAGCCCUCGGGAGGGCCCCGAGCCUGCUGAGCCAGCUGGCCCAGUGUCUGGCCCACCUGCUGAGGGCCCAGACCCUCCCCGAAGACACCAUCGCCACCGUGACAAGGACAAAGGUCCAGCCCCCAUCUCAGUGGGAGCGGAGCAGGACAAGCCUGAGCCCCCUAAGGGCGAGAACGGGGAGCCAGGAGCCCGGGAGGAGCGGCCCCGGCCGCACCGCAGCCGCAGUAAGGAGCCCGCACCCCCACGGGAGGGCCGCAGCGAGCGACCUCGAGGCCCAGGGCCGGAAGGGGGCCGGCGCCACCAUCGGAGAGCCUCUCCCGAAGAGGCCGCUGAGAGGGAGCCCCGGCGCCACCAUACUCACCGCCACGCAACCGACCAGGUCCGGGAGGGCGCCGGCACCAAGGGCGACCGGCGGGCCAGGCACCGGGGAGGUGCGCGGGCCGGCCCCAGGGACGCAGAGAGCGCGGAGGAGCCCCCGAGACGGCACCGAGGUCGGCACAAGGCGCUGCCCAAGCUGGACUCCCAGGAGAAGGAGACUGCGGAGAAGGAGGGGGAGAACCCUGACGGAGACAAGGGGCUGCACAAUCCUCCACCCAAGGAGCUGCACUGUGAUGUGGAGACCGGCGGGGUGCUGGGGGCGGGCCCUGUGCACACACUGCCCAGCACCUGUCUCCAGAAGGUGGUGGAGCAGCCGGAAGAUGCCGACAACCAGCGGAACGUCACACGCAUGGGCAGCCAGCCCCCAGAGCCGGGCGCUGACGUGCUCAUCCCUGUGACACUGACAGCCCCUCCGGGGGAGACCACCGUCGCGCCCAGUGGAAACGUGGACUCGGAGAGCCCGGCCGAGGGGAAGAAGGAAGCGGAUGCUAACGGUGCUGCGAGGGGCGGCCCCAGACCGAUGGUCCCAUACAGCUCCAUGUUCUGCCUGAGCCCCGCCAACCUGCUCCGCCGCUGCUGCCAUUAUGUUGUGACCCUGCGGUACUUCGAGAUGGUCAUCCUUGUGGUCAUUGCCCUGAGCAGCAUCGCCCUGGCUGCCGAGGACCCUGUGCACACAGACUCCCCCAGGAACAACGUCCUGAAGUACAUGGACUACCUCUUCACUGGAGUCUUCACCUUCGAGAUGGUGAUCAAGAUGGUUGACCUGGGAUUGCUGUUGCACCCUGGGGCCUACUUCCGGGACCUGUGGAACAUCCUGGACUUCAUUGUGGUCAGUGGCGCCCUGGUGGCAUUUGCCUUCUCGAGCUUCAUGGGAGGAUCCAAAGGGAAAGACAUCAACACCAUCAAGUCCCUGCGAGUCCUGCGUGUCCUGAGACCCCUGAAGACCAUCAAAAGACUGCCAAAGCUCAAGGCCGUGUUUGACUGUGUGGUGAACUCCCUGAAGAACGUGCUCAACAUCCUGGUGGUGUACAUGCUCUUCAUGUUCAUCUUCGCUGUGAUCGCCGUGCAGCUCUUCAAGGGGAAGUUCUUCUACUGCACCGAUGAGUCCAAGGAGCUGGAGCGGGACUGCAGGGGUCAGUAUUUGGAUUAUGAAAAGGAAGAGGUGGAAGCCCAGCCACGGCAAUGGAAGAAAUAUGAGUUCCACUAUGACAAUGUGCUCUGGGCCCUGCUGACCCUGUUCACUGUGUCCACGGGAGAAGGGUGGCCCACGGUGCUGAAACACUCCGUAGAUGCCACCUAUGAGGAGCAGGGCCCCAGCCCCGGCUACCGCAUGGAGCUGUCCAUCUUCUAUGUGGUCUACUUUGUGGUCUUCCCCUUCUUCUUUGUCAACAUCUUUGUGGCCUUGAUCAUCAUCACCUUCCAGGAGCAGGGGGACAAAGUGAUGUCCGAGUGCAGCCUGGAGAAGAACGAGAGGGCCUGCAUCGACUUCGCCAUCAGUGCCAAGCCCCUGACGCGGUACAUGCCCCAGAACAAGCAGUCGUUCCAGUACAAGACGUGGACUUUUGUGGUGUCUCCGCCCUUCGAGUACUUCAUCAUGGCCAUGAUCGCCCUCAACACUGCCGUGCUGAUGAUGAAGUUCUACGCUGCGCCCUACGAGUAUGAGCUGAUGUUGAAGUGCCUGAACAUCGUGUUCACAUCCAUGUUCUCCAUGGAAUGCGUGCUGAAGAUCAUUGCCUUUGGUGUGUUGAACUACUUCAGGGAUGCCUGGAACGUCUUUGACUUUGUCACUGUGUUGGGAAGUAUUACCGAUAUUUUAGUAACAGAGAUUGCGAACAACUUCAUCAACCUCAGCUUCCUCCGCCUCUUCCGAGCUGCCCGCCUCAUCAAGCUGCUUCGCCAAGGCUACACCAUCCGCAUCCUGCUGUGGACCUUUGUGCAGUCUUUCAAGGCCCUGCCCUACGUGUGUCUGCUGAUCGCUAUGCUCUUCUUCAUCUACGCCAUCAUUGGCAUGCAGGUCUUUGGAAACAUCGCCCUGGAUGAUGAAACCAACAUCAACCGACACAAUAACUUCCGAACCUUUCUGCAGGCUCUGAUGCUACUGUUCAGGAGCGCCACAGGGGAAGCCUGGCACGAGAUCAUGCUGUCCUGUCUCAGCAACCGGACCUGUGACGAGCACGCCAAUGCCACCGAGUGUGGAAGUGACUUUGCCUACUUCUACUUCGUCUCCUUCAUCUUCCUGUGCUCCUUUCUGAUGUUGAACCUCUUUGUGGCUGUGAUCAUGGACAAUUUUGAGUACCUUACGCGGGACUCUUCCAUCCUAGGGCCCCACCACCUGGACGAGUUCAUCCGGGUCUGGGCUGAGUACGACCCGGCUGCCUGCGGGCGUAUCAGUUACAAUGACAUGUUUGAGAUGCUGAAGCACAUGUCCCCACCUCUGGGCCUGGGGAAGAAAUGUCCCGCCCGCGUUGCGUAUAAGCGCCUGGUACGCAUGAACAUGCCCAUCUCCAACGAGGACAUGACGGUCCACUUCACAUCCACCCUGAUGGCCCUCAUCCGGACGGCGCUGGAGAUCAAGCUGGCUCCAGCUGGGACAAAGCAGCAGCAGUGUGACGCAGAGCUGAGAAAGGAGAUUGCCUCUGUGUGGGCCACCCUGCCCCAGAAGACCUUGGACCUGCUGGUGCCCCCCCAUAAACCCGAUGAGAUGACAGUGGGGAAAGUCUACGCAGCUCUGAUGAUAUUUGACUUCUACAAACAGAACAAAACCACCAGAGACCAGAUUCACCAAGCCCCUGGAGGCCUGUCCCAGAUGGGCCCUGUGUCCCUGUUCCACCCUCUGAAGGCCACCCUGGAGCAGACACAGCCAGCUGUGCUCCGAGGGGCCAGAGUUUUCCUCCGGCAGAAGAGCUCCACCUCCCUCAGCAACGGAGGAGCUGUACAGACACAAGGGAGUGGCCUCAAGGAGUCAGUCUCCUGGGGCACUCAUCGGACCCAGGGGCUGCCCUCUGAGGCUCGGACACCUCUGGAGCGGGGCCACUCGGCAGAGAUUACUGUGGCAGAGCCUGGAAAAUUGGCUAUGGAUGUCCAGAUGCAGGACAUGGCCUUGAGUGGCCCUGCCAGGGAGCCCCAGCUUGGGCUGGAGAGUCAGGGCCGAGCAGCAUCCAUGCCCCGCCUUGCAGCCGAGACACAGCCUGCUGGCUCUCCCCUGCCCUGCCUGCAGCCUGCCCCAGAAUCCAGCCCCAUGAAGCGCUCCAUCUCCACCCUGGCCCCCCAGCGUCCCCCCGGAGCCCCACUCUGCAAAGCCAGCCUAGACCGAGCCCCAGCCAACUCACGGCCGCCCCGCCGCCGCCUUCAGCCCCGGGAUCCGGCCACUGGGGGCCGCCGUGGCGGAGGAUGGGUCCCCAUGCGGCACGUGGAGGGCGGGAGCCGGGGAGAGGAGCCCGAAGAUGCAGACUCGGAAGGAGAGGAGGAGGGGCACGAGGAGGAAGAGGCGCUGCUGGGCAGAGGGGCCCUGCUGCCG